AUGGGGAGUCCAACGCUUUGGGAAGCUCUAAAGAGAAACACUUAUCAUCGGCGCAUCCCAUUCAAACUCUUUGUCGAUGAAUUCAGGCAGGCUCAUCGACGCACUCCGAAAAUAGCGAUCGAUGCGUACAGUUGGCUAUUCGAAUGUGGAUUUAUCAAGAACCUUGGAGAAGGUGUGGAAGACAAAUAUCACCGAACUGUUGAAUUGGCAUUGGUUUCCUUGCUAAGUCGCUUGAAACUCUUUAUCUCGCUCGAUAUUACGUUCGUUUUGGUAUUCGAUGGUCCCAGAAAGCCCAGCUUUAAGAACCAGUUCAAGUUAAAGAAGUUGGACGCCGGAGAACAGGUUCAGGACCUUUCGGCGACGGACUACGGGGUUGAAAAAGAUGUGCACGAUGGACUUCACUAUAUUUCGACUAAUUGUUAUGAUGGUGCUACAUAUGCAUACCAAUGCUUCCCGGAUCAAUCCGUCAAUUUAGUGCGGAAAGUUUUGAACGCACUAAAUAUCUCUUUCGUUGAUGCCUGCGGCGAAGGAGAAGCAGAGUGUUCACGUCUUCAGAAAGAAGGAUUGGUGGAUUUUGUUCUGGCAAACGAUUCUGAUGUUUUCGUUUUUGGAGCUACCAAAGUUUUGAGAAACUUCUCUAAAUUUUGGGACGACGUUCCAGCGACGUACCGGGCCUCUAAGAGUGGCAAAGACACUCGCGAAUAUAUGCUGACGAUUUUUGACCUUGACCGAAAUUCAGACUGGAAUCAAGCUUCUGCGACGUUAUUUUGUGUGUUACUUGGCGCAGAUUAUAACCAAGGCGUCCGAGGGUUGGGACCGAAAAAGUCGACUGACAUAGCAUUGCAUAAGAUGCCCUGUUUUGCUGACGAGCUUGCGGAAAUUUUUAAGGACUUUCGGAAAAAUGCUAAUGAUCGUAGGGCUCAGUACGAAGCCUUUAAAACUGGGCUUUUCAAUUACUGUCGCGCAGAAAGUAAACGAUUAUUCGGCAGAAAAUACUUUUCUGAGGAGACUGAAGGUUUCAAAGGCUGGCCAUCUGACACUGCAGUCAUGUUUUACAUGCAUCCUCUUCUCAAUCCGGAGUUACCACUCUUUUGCUUUAAACCGGGUUUUGUGAAUGUUAGUGGGAAAGCUAACAUGCCAGAGGUUCGAUUCAGAGAGCUUGAAACGAUUUUGAUGGAGAAAGAGUACAGACGAAUAUCAGAUUUGACGCGCUGGCUUCAUGAAUGGGCCCACGAAGCUUUCCUACUGAAGAAAAUUUUGUAUGAAAAGGACAAUGCCGAUGAACUUACAAAGGCAACCAAAAUAGUAGAAGAGUGGAUGUGUCAAUUAUGCGAUAAAAACUUCAGCGUUCCAUGUUGGCGGAUAAGGUACAACACGUUUUUAUCGGGUGUCAGAGAGUCCGCAAAUUCAGACAGCAACGGUCUGAAAGAACCAAAUUCAACGACCCAUUCAAGUCCGCGACGUCGCAGCCCCACCAGACGUCAAAUCGACAAAGCCGCGUAUAAGUUUAUGACUUCGAUUCCUAAAAAUCUUAUCGAUGACAGUCACAUUUUGGUCGAAGCGUAUCAGAAAGCCAAAGAAGCCCUAACGUCAACAAGCCCAUCGAAACGAAGUCCCCGCAAAAGAGAAUUGUCCCAGAAAAAUAAUCUUGACGAUUUUUUGAAGCUUCACACUUCGCCUCGGAAACCUGCAUUCCAAGAGCAUACCCAGAAAGAGCAUUUCGCACCACAUGAAAAAGUCUUCCUUGAUGCGGGCCCAUCUCUCUUUGUUCCGGAUGAGCCAGAACCCGAAGGCAACGAUAGUUCUCUGAUAAUUUUGGCGGAACACGAUCUUGAUGAGCAACCGCAGAAAGAAACAAAGGUUGCAGACUCUCCCAAGCGCAAGCUAUUAUUAUCGUCGCCUGCAACCAGUGAUAACGACACCUCACCGCUAAAAAAACACAAACAGAUCCAAGGCGCGUUGGAUUUUGGCUUUACGAAACGUCAACUUUUCCAUGGCCUUGUCGACUUGACAGCAGAGGAUGACGAAAGUGUUCAUUGA